AUGUUCGGCCUCAAACGAGCUUCAGUAGCCGCGCUGCUGCUGCUAGCCGCUACACCCUUCGUCUCGGCCCAAGCGUCGAUCACCACGGCGAUCACCGUAAGCGGCACGCCCACCACCACCAUCGUGGCACCCUCGCCUACCGGUCGAGGCUAUUGCGAGUUCUUCGUCGAUCACUGGGACUGCGAUCCCACACGCGCCGAGGUCACCACCACUGCAUCCUCUCCGAGCGCGGUUCCGUCUCCGGAAGGCCAGAACUGCGUGCUGCACGUGGAUCACUACCACUGCGACGCCGCGACGACGAGCACUACCGCUGCAGCUGCUGCACAGGCGAGCCCUACCGGUCAAGGGGAGUGCGUCUUCCACGUUGACCACUGGGAUUGUGAAGGUGGUGAUCACGCUGGUCACGACCACUCCGGUCAUUCGCACGCUGGACACAGCCACGGACCCUCGGAGCUGUACGGCUGCGGUCUCGCGCCGCUCGAAGACUACGACCUGCCGCUUCACAUCGGAGCGGUGUUCAUCCUGCUCGUCUCGACCGCACUCGGUGCCUACCUGCCCAUCCUCCUCUACACCAGAUCAUCCCGGAGCGAGAGGUCGAACCGAUGGGCGGACGAGAUCUUCUUCAUCUGCAGACACUUUGGCACGGGUGUUCUGAUCAGCACCGCCUUCGUCCACCUGCUCAGUCACGCCGUGCUGUACUUUGGCAACGAAUGCGUGGGAGAGCUCAAGUACGAGGCUACGGGACCGGCGAUCGCCAUGGGUGCAGUCUGGUUGGUGUUUCUGAUGGACUUUUUCCUGCUCAGAGCGUUGAGGAAGAAGUCUGUCGCCCAACCUGCUGAACAGCAGCAGGAGCAGAUGGAGAAACGUGAAUCCAACUCUUCCCUCGAUCACACCGAUUCCUCGCUCACCGAGGGUGGUGGCUUGUACGGUGGUCUCUCGUAUGCUCAGGCCAAAGUGGCAGAGUGGGACGUGAUCGCCAUCGAAGCCGGUAUCAUCUUCCACUCGAUCCUCAUUGGUGUCACGUUGGGUGUCGCGACGGGGUCCGGAUUCGUAGCGCUGCUGAUCGCGAUCGUCUUCCACCAGCUGUUCGAAGGUCUGGCGUUGGGUUCGCGUCUAUCGCUGCUAACGUGGAAGAGCACCGCGUACAAGGCGACCAUGGCAACCGCCUUCGUGCUCAUUACCCCCAUCGGUGUCGCCAUCGGCAUCGGUGUGAGGAAGAGCUUCAACAGCAACAGCGCAGCGACGUUGAUCACGCUCGGAACGUUCCACGCGCUCAGCGCGGGUAUCCUGCUGUACACUGCGCUCGUCGAGCUUCUCAGUGGUGAUUUUAUCCACAACGUCAAGAUGCAGAAGAACUCGUUGGCAAGGUGCAUCGCUGCGGUGGCCGCCUUGACCAUCGGCAUCAUGGCUAUGUCGGUGCUUGCGUUGUGGGCCUAA